CUUUUCCACUCUUUUUAUUAAAUAUUAGUACCUAUUCUUAUUUGUUCGUUUCUAUCAAGUCCAAAUUCAUUUCCUUCAAUCAAAAACCGUUGACUUCCAAAUAAUCUUUAGACCAUUCCCUUAAUUUUGGUCAUAUAAUACCAAUGGCCAACCAAACCCAAAACCACUCCCAUAAUUCUCCUAAAACAUCAUGAAUUAUAACACCACCAUCUCCGAUCCAAGUUCCAGCACCGAUGGGUUCCUCGGAUCGGGUAAUAUCGGAGGAUUCGGUUAUGGGAUCGGUGUUUCUGUAGGUAUUCUUCUUUUAAUUACAACUAUAACUCUUACUUCAUAUUUUUGUACCAGAAAUCAAACAACAGAGUUACCACCACCAAGAAGACAUCGAAUUAAUCGUAACGCGCUACUUGAUGUCCAAGAAAAUAGUUGUAUAGUCGAUAUAGGGCUUGAUAAGGCAACCCUUUCGAGUUACCCUAAGUUGUUGUACUCUGAAGCUAAGGUAAAUCACAAGGACUCAACAGCUAGUUGUUGUUCUAUAUGUUUAGCAGAUUACAAGAAUAAGGACAUGUUAAGGUUGUUGCCUGAUUGUGAACAUUUGUUUCACUUGAAAUGUGUGGAUCCUUGGCUUAUGUUGAAUCCAAGUUGUCCAGUUUGUAGAACUUCUCCUUUACCAACACCACAAUCUACUCCUUUGGCUGAGGUUGUUCCUUUGGCAACUAGACCUUUGGGAUGAAUUCAUGCCGGCCCAACUAAUCCAGAUUUGAGGGCGUAAGGGGCUGUUAAAGAUCAAGCGCUUCCUAAUAGAAAUUUCUUCAUUCUCAGCUAGGUUCGAAUAUUGGACUUCUGCUUAAGGGUGAAAGAAUUUUGUAUAUCCAUCGUACCACAUUCCUUGGUGGUAAUGAAAAUAAUUGCUUGAUCUCGCUUCUCCUUUCUAAUUGCCCUCUGUAAACUGUAGAUUAAUUAGUUCUUCUUUAAUUUGCUUCUAAGUUUUUAUCUCUUCCAUUGACCCCAUUUUCUCAAAAUUUUCGUCCAGUUGUAAUAUAUUAGUCCUUGAAAAGGAAACAUUGAUCAGUCAAUUAUCUUGA